CACUGACCUACAACGACGACACCGAGGACAAGUAGACACAGCAAAGAUGCAGAAUGCGCAAUUGAUCAAACAAGGAGCUGAGGCAAAAGUAUACCUUGCCCCGUUUUGUGGACGUCAAACUAUCAUCAAGGAAAGGUUCGCCAAAGCGUACCGUCACCCAACAUUGGAUAAGAAGCUCACAUCACGGCGAGUUAUUCAGGAAGCACGAUGCCUUAACAGAUGUCAAAAAGCACUCAUCGAUACACCAACUGUUUACAUGGUGGAUGUUGAGAAUUCAUUAAUUUAUAUGGAGUAUAUCCAGGGUAUUUCUGUACGAGACUACUUGGUCACAGAAGAAGGCUCGACUACAGAGACACAACAACGAGUUGCAGCGGAAAUUGGAAAGGCGUUAGGAUUGAUGCAUAAUAUUGAUGUGAUCCAUGGUGAUUUAACAACAUCCAACUUGUUGUUAAGACAAAAUUCUUUUGAUCCUGAUGCUGAUUCUGAUGCUACUGCUACUGCUGCUACUGUUGCUGCUACUACUGGACCUGCUGGAUAUGAGUCUUUGGUAUUGAUCGAUUUCGGUUUAAGUUAUGUCAGUCAAUUGAUCGAAGAUAAGGCUGUCGAUCUUUAUGUCCUUGAACGCGCCUUCACAAGCACACAUCCUAAUACAGAAGUUAUGUUUACACAGAUCCUUGAGGCUUACAGCCAGAGUUGCAAGACAUCCAAGCAGAUUCUCAAGAAAUUAGAAGAUGUGCGGUUGCGCGGUCGUAAGCGCAGUAUGCUAGGUUAGACUAUAGGGGAGGAAAUACAAAAUAAU